CCACCGAACCCGAUUUGUUUGUUGGUAAACCGAUCCACGUGCCCGCCUGGGUGCUACUGCAGUUCAACGGAGCAAACUCGGAAACGGAUAUUUUACGCGUCCUGGCUUAUUAAACUAGGCGUUCGGAAACAUGGACACCAGUGAUUUGUUCCGGAAGCUAACCUGCGGUAUCAAAUUCGACCCCAAGAACAACCGAACGCUUUUAAAACGGAAACGAGAUGAAUCCGGGUCACAUGAAACUACAAAAAGCGCCCAAGUGAAACUGGAAAUAAAGGAAGAAUCGGACUCCGAUGGGGGAGAGUCGGAAUUGAAACUUCCUCUUUUCCAACACAGUCCGAUGGUUCUGAGCGAGGAGGAAAUUAAGGAUGAAAUCAAAUCGGAAGACGAGCUGGACGAAAACUCGGAAGCGGCCCGGAUUCGGUUGAUGUCCCCGGAAAAACGCAAACGCUAUCAACAGUUCAAGGUCAAUCGUUUACGGAAUCUGCACCAGAUUAAGGUGAAGAAGGGACCGGUUGCCGUACCGGAUUUGAUCGAAAGCUUUCAACAGCUAGCCGAUGGCUAUAACGUUUCGAAUCAGUUGAUUAAGAAUGUUGUCGAGUGUGGAUACAAGGCACCGACACCGGUUCAGAUGCAGGCAAUACCGAUUCUGUUGGAAGGGGUGGCGAUGUCCGCUUGUGCGCCGACAGGUUCGGGAAAGACGGCCGCUUUCCUAAUUCCGAUAAUUCAUCACUUGCAGAAACCGAUGAAAUGUGGCUUUAGAGCAUUGAUAGUUUGUCCAACUCGAGAACUGGCUAAGCAAACACAGCGGGAAGCUCUGAGACUGUGUGAGGAUAUAAAUUUGAGGACCCACGUUAUAACGAAGGUUGACGAGAACUGCAAGGAUUACGUGCUGGAAAGUAGGAAACAUUACGAUAUUUUGGUGACGACACCAAAUCGGAUUUGCUUCUUGGCCAACCACGAGCCACCGUUGAUCGAUUUGGGUAACAUCCAGUACGUGGUGGUGGACGAAGCCGACAAAAUGUUCGAGGAGUCGAAGAAUGGUUUCCGAGAGCAGCUGGACACGAUCAUGCAAGCCUGUACCAAUCCGUGUAAAUUGGUGGCAUUCUUCAGUGCUACCCAGACGAAGGAUGUGUCCUCGUGGGUGGGAGCCAAUAUGCCCAACAAAAUUCGAUUUUCCGUUGGUGCUUUGAAUGGAGCCACCGAUUCGGUUGAUCAGGAACUCCUUUUUGUAGGAAGCGAAAGUGGCAAAUUGCUCGCUUUUCGGGAGAUGGUUCACAAAGGCUUAAGGCCACCGGUUCUGGUGUUUGUACAAAGCAAAGAUCGAGCUCAACAACUGUUCACAGAACUGAUCUAUGAUGGGCUCAACGUGGACCUCAUUCAUUCCGAUCGAUCGCAGAAGGAACGGGACAAUGUGGUGCGAUCUUUUAGAGAAGGAAAAAUUUGGAUUCUCAUUUGCACGGAGCUAAUGAGUCGAGGAAUCGAUUUCAAAGGAGUCAACCUUGUGAUCAACUAUGACUUUCCACCUUCCACAAUCAGUUACGUUCAUAGGAUUGGACGUACGGGGAGAGCCGGCAGGCGAGGCAAAGCGGUAACCUACUUCACCAAGGACGAUACAACGCUGCUGAGAAGUGUUGCUCAGUUGAUCAAAAAGGCUGGUGGAACCGUUCCGGAUUAUAUGUUGAAGCUAAAAAAGGGUAGCAAACGAGACAGGAAAAAGCUGGAACAGAAGGCCCCGAAGCGAGCAGCCAUUCGGACCCUACCGGCCUUCGAGAUGCAGGAUCGAGCCCGCAAGAAGAAACUGAUUGCCAAAAGUAAAGGUCAAAAACCAGUAGGUUCGAAAGGUAAUACGGUGAAAAAGAAACACAAACCGGAAGCAAACAAAUAAUGGGAAAUGUUCUUUCAGCAGAUAAUAAACAGUUUUGUUAAAAAUUCA